UCCUCAUGUUAUGUAUCAUGUGUAUCUUCCACAGUCUCGGCAGAAGGGUGUCCAUAAUCGUCAUUAGUUCCCUGCUCAUCGUAGCUUCGUUUGCAUCCUCUUUCAUAUACAACAUUCCCUCUCUGCUUGUCUUGAGAUUUCUGACAGGCGUUGGUUCCGUGCAAGCAUAUACUGCCAGUUACGUGCUUGCACUUGAGUUUCUUACUCCUGUACAUCGCAACCGUUUCAAUGUGGUUCUGAAUAUCAUGUGGGUCCUGGGCGGCUUUCUCCUGACUGGCCUGGCGUACUUUGUGAGAGAUUUCCAGCACCUGUGCUACGCCAUUGGGGGACCAGUGGUCGUCUUGGUGAUCCUUACCUGGCUAGCACCAGAAUCCCCUCGAUGGUACCUGGUCAAGGGACGUCAUGAGGAGUGUCGGAAAGUUCUGGAAAGAGUAGCAAGGAUAAACAAAGCACCGUUUCCUCAAGAAUUAUUCCAGAAAAUGAUCAAGAAAAAUACAGUGCCACAACAAAAAGAGCAGCUUACAAAACAGGCCGAAGGGGAUGAGCUUGUGAAAAGGGGAAUAUCUGAUGGUGAACUUGUAGCCGGUGAUGCUUGUGAGGAGACGACUGUAACAGUGAGAGCCGGGAGAAAAGAGAAUUAUCUAACGUUAUACAAGCACAAGGACACUGGAAUCAGAAUGCUUAUUUUUGUUCUUAAUUGGACUGUGAAUGCAUUGGUCUACUACGCACUGGUGUUCAACGUGUCCAACAUGGGCGGGUCUAUUUACGUCAACUUUGCUUUCACUAACGGCGCAGAUCUCUUAGGACUGAUCGUGGUCUUCGUGGUUGUUGAUCGAUUAGGACGAAAGGCGAGCUACGAGGCAUUCCUGCUUCUGUCAGCAGUAGCCUGCCUUGCCACCGUCAUCCCCUUUUACUUUGCAGAGCCAGGCAUGACUUCAACCAUCGUCAACAUCCUAUCUCUUAUUGGUCGGUUUGGAGUGUCCUCCUCCUUCAACAUCCUUUUUAUGUUCAGUUCUGAGUUUGUACCAACCCCGUUGAGAACCACUAGCUUGGGGAUCUUUUCCCUUUCCUCGCGUUUAGGGAGCGUCUCUGGACCGUUCAUCGCUGACGUGGGUGUCCUCCUAGGUGGUCGGAUGAAGGAAGUUCUCCCUCUCUUGGUGUGUGGGAUAGCUGGCCUUAUCGCAUUCCUAUCUGCACUGAUACUUCCUGAGACAAACAAACAGUCUUUGCCAAACACAAUCGCGGACACAAAGAAUCUCAUAAAGUCACAAAAGAAAAAAGGUACUCCCAGUCUUGGAUCGUUCGUGCGUGUGACCGAUUUAGACGUCCCUGUGUUCAUUCCGGAUCGAGGAACAUCGGAGGAAGAAUCCCGGUUGAAACUUUCGGGAAUCUAAACUCCUACAAGAAAUCAAAGCUACGCUGAUGUCUGCUGAAGACGUUUUCUGAAACGGAAAGUGUUUGUGUUUGUGUGUGUACAUGCUUUUGCAUACGUUUGUAUUCGAAGGUAUGUUUAUGUAUUAAGGGUGCAUGCGUGCGCGCUUGC